GAAGUGAUAGUUAUUUUAAUUAAUUAUAUAGAUAAUUAUGAUUAUCUGAAUCUGGUUAUUUAAUCGAAGCCAUUCAUAUCCAACAAGUAUUUUAUUUUGAAGCUCCAUUGCAGCAUCAACCGAUUAAGAAAGGGAACUUUCCGUAAAACGGGAAAAAAAGAAGUUCUUCGGGAAAGUUAAUUAAGAAAACGAGCCUUAUCAGUGGUAAUAUUGGUUUAUCAUUGGAAUAAUAAGCGUACAGUAUAUUUUAAACAUGUCUUCUAUUAAUCCCGAUGCAAUACACAUUUACAAAGACGAGCUCCAAGAAUAUGAUAUUUUGAAAGAUAUUAUUACCACUUAUAAACAAGAAGAUGCAUUUUAUGUAUUAGAUCUCGGAAUUAUAAUGAAAAAACAUCAAGAUUGGAUUGAAAAAAUGCCAAGAAUUGUACCGUACUAUGCUAUAAAAUGUAAUCCUAAUAAGGAUCUAGAUUUAAUGUUAUAUGGAUUUAGUUUCCACGUUGGUAGCCCAUGUAAAGAAUUCGAUGCGUAUAUACGUGGAAUUGAAGUAUGUAAAGAAUUGAUUACUUUUGCAAAAUCGAUAAGAUGCGAAGAUAUCAAGUUAAUUGAUAUUGGAGGAGGUUUUCCUGGAGAAAGUGAAUAUCAAAUCGAUGAGCUUUCAUAUAUAAUUAAUGAUGCAAUCAAAGAAAUAGAUCCUACUAUAGAAAUUAUAAGCGAGCCAGGUAGAUACUACGUAACAGCUGCAUUUACUUUGGCUGGCUAUUUACAUUCUAAGAGAACUGUAUCUAAUGGAAAUAGUCUAAAACAGAUGUAUUAUGUUAACUGUGGAGUUUAUAGUGGGUUUAUAGAAGAAUUGUUGAAUUUGAAUUCACGUCAACCGAUCUCUCUGUUCAAACCUGUAUCUAAUAAAGAAUAUCUUUCUACGAUAUGGGGACCGACUUGUGAUUCCUGUGAUUGCAUCGUCAAAGACGUAUUAUUACCAGAAUUUUAUAUAGGAGAUUGGCUUGUAUGGAAAGACAUGGGUGCAUAUACAACUUCUAGAGUUUGUGAAUUUAAUGGGUUUCUGCCGCCGAUAGUUCAUUCAUUUAUCAGAAAAAGUCAAUGGAAAGAUUUUUGUGCCAUUACUAGAUGUGACAUAAAUAAUUGAUUAUAUAGGACAGAAUUGAUGAUCUUAAUACAGAUA